AUGUCAACCUUGCGGCACCUCCAACAACAACAACAACCUCUGCAUAGCAGAAGAAGAACCCCCUCUCUCAUCCUUCCGGCGCUUCUUCUUCUCUUCUUCAUUCUUGUUGAAUGUUUUCAUGCGGCACUUCCUCCCAGUGGCACUCUUCACUUGCGAACACAAGCUUCUCAAUUUCCAACUUCUUUCAAACACAUUUCUGGAAGUGAUGGUGUAUUAUAUGCCAUUGUUCAACCUUUGUUGGCUGAUUGUUUGACGAGUGGUUAUCAAUUGUAUGAAGUUACAAAUGCUGCUGGUUCAAAAUCACUCUAUGUGUCAUGUUAUGAUGCCACUAAUCAUGUGCCACGAUGGGGAAUUAAUGUUUUAUCCUAUACUGAAUUGAUCAAGAAGAAUGCUGAGAGACCAGAUCAAGAACCAUGGUUUACAGUCGAUUCCAGUGAUUCCUCAACUGGAAAGGCCUAUGAAGUUCCCUAUGAUCGCGGACAUUUAAUUCCAAAUAAUGAUUUCAGAAGUGAAGAAGAAAAGAAGUUGACAUUUAUUGUGAUUAAUCGAGCACCUCAGUUGGCAGCCACGAAUCGUGGAAUUUGGAGACAUAUUGAACACAGUUUGAGAGAUGCAAUCUUGGAAGUUGGAGCCACUGUGAAUGCGAUUAAGGCGCUUGUCAUGACUCGAUUGUUGUUUAAAACGACGACACCAAAACCUUUUGCUACGAUCAAAGGAACUUCAAUGACUUCGGAAAUUCCAAUUUCGUAUAAUAAGGUUGCUAUUGUGUAUGAUAAUUCUAAAAUUCGUGAAGUAUUGACCAUGAAAGUAGAUAAUACAGAUGUGACCUCUCUCGAUCAAUUACCAAAUAUAGUGAAAUCAUGGUCCUCGUUGGGUUCAACAGAUCCAUUGAAAACCAACAUUCAAGUCACCAAUGUUGGUACCGAGACAGAUGUAACCACAAAAGUUGAUACCAAAGUCAAGAAUUUCAAAGCUUACGUGGAUCAAUGCUCUGCCAUGAAAAAAACAAAAACUGCCUAUUUCCUAAUUGAGCGUGACACGACUCAAAGCAAAUGGAAAGUUCAAGUGAAGAAUUUUUCACCCUGUAAUCACUUGUGUUCCUUCACCAUGAAUCAAUAUACCUUUGUUCAGAGUUAUUUCGAACGAAAUGCCAUGACUCAAUACCAAAUCGAUUUGCGACUUCGAUCUUUAUUCACAGAUGGAGUAGAAGAGAAAACCACAAAAGAUUUUUCCUUCUACUUACCUGCAGAUACUGGUCUUUCAGAAUUAUCAAGCAUGUCCACAAUUGAAGGAAUUUUCACAUACACGUGUGAAGACAAGAGAAAAUUCACAGGAGCCAAACAUGAAUUUCAAAAUUUGGGAACUCGAACCACCAUCAAGGAACAACGUUUGGUUUCGUAUGGAGGAGUCAUUGCCAAGAAACCUCGUAGAAAUCGUGAUUCUGCCACUCGUCGUAGAAAAAAGUCCUCCAUUUCAGCCACUGAUUUGAAAGAACUUCUCACGAAAGAAUAUCCACCUUCAACAUUGAGUGCUUCAACGUCAGCUGCCAAUGUGAAAUUUACCUAUUCAACGUUUAAUGUGGAUCAUUUGGAUCAAUUUACAGAACCUCGUGGAAGAAGAGCAGAUCGAGAUCGAGCUCGUUCUCCUUCAUCUUCACGUUCUCCAUCUCCUCCAUCUUCACGUUCUCCAUCUCGUUCUCCAUCUCGUUCCAGAUCAAGAUCCAGAGACAACAAGACAAAAAAACAUUCAAAGCCCAGAAAUCGAUCCUUGUCUCCUCAUAGAACCACCACCACGACGUCGACCCGUCAACGAGGAAGAAGCAAAUCUCCAAAACCCAUCACUGCCUCUGUGAAAAAUAGUACAACGGCAAAACCAUCAUCCAGCAGUGUGACAACUGUAGUACGAAACCAAUCUCCAUCCAGAUCUCGAUCGCCACUUAAAAGUAGAACAGUUUCAAGAAGUAAAUCUCCUCCUCCAAGAAAACAGUUAGUAGCUUCUUCAAGUCCUUCUUCUAAUGCGUCAACAACAGUAAGAAAGGAUCGAAGUAGAAGUCGAGAUCGAAGAGUGAAUACCAAAGCAACUCCAUUGCCAAGAACAACAACAACUACUUUUGGACCAAGUAGUUCAGCAAGUAGUGGACCAUCUCAAUUAUCUACAGGUCCAUUGAUUGUAAAAGUGGAAGAACAAGCUAAAAAGUUGUAA